GUCCCCGCUCGACAAUGGCGGAAGGAGUCGUUUUGGAGAAAGGUUCCACUUUUGUGGAGCCAUUUAAAGGCGUCUUGCUGACAUAUUUGAUCCCAGAAUCGUGCUACGAUGAGUUUUUUCUCAAUUUCAACUUUCUAGACGUGCCAUGUUUAAAGAUUUUGCUCAGCAAAGGCCUGGGGAUUGCCAUCAUCCUGGGAUCAGUGAUGGUGAAGCUGCCUCAGAUCCUGAAGAUGAUGGGCGCAAAGAGCGGCGAGGGACUGAGCUUCCAGUCGGUGCUCCUCGAGCUGCUCGCCAUCACGGGGACCGUGGCCUACAGCGUCACCAACAAGUUCCCCUUCAGCGCGUGGGGCGAGGCGGUCUUCCUCAUGCUGCAGACGGUCACCAUCGGCUUCCUAAUUCAGCAUUACGGAGGCCGAAGCGGCAGAGGUUUCCUGUUUCUGCUGUCCUACUUGGGGGCGCUGCUCGCCGUGCUGUCCCCGGUCACCCCGACGCCCGUGGUGACCGCCUUGCAGGCUGCCAACGUGCCCGCCAUCGUCGUCAGCAGGCUGAUUCAAGCUGCCACGAACUUUCGCAACGGACACACGGGCCAAUUGUCGGCCAUUUCGGUCUUCUUGUUGUUCGCCGGCUCGCUCGCACGCAUCUUCACCUCGCUGCAGGAGACGGGCGACGCGCUGCUGGCCUGCACCUACGUCAUAUCGUCGGCGUGCAACGGCGUCCUGGCGCUGCAGGUCCUCUACUACUGGAACAGCUCGGCCGAGCGCAAGAAGAAGAAGAAGAAGAAGAAGAAAGAGUAGGCGAAGAAGGGCGACUCUUGCACUGUAAGGUAUUCGGGAAACUUGACGAAAGACGGAGCAAAAAGAAAGAAAAGCUCGGCUCGGACUUCCUGUGGUUGUUUUCCUCGCCUCGCGUGUUCCGCCGAGGAGGAAGGUUCUUGGAAGUUGCGCAAGCCGAACUUGGACCCCCGCGGACCAGCCCGUCGCUUCUUAUCGCUUGCGUGAGUGCGCGGCUUGGAGUUCGGACUUUGUGUGCGCAUCUUGAUAACUCCGUGCAAAUACGUGCAGCUGUCGUAUGCGUCGAGCGCGCAAAUGUGCAAGUCUUGAACGCAAAAGAGGAAUUGUGUGUAUUUCGCUCUUGA